UUGCGUGGGGGAGAUUGUGUCAACCCCGAGCUCCUCCUUUCCGCCGCAAGCAGGCACCCACCUCAUAUAACGUUUCCUCCGCGAGCCGUCGCCGAUUAGGCGCAAGCGAUUGCAGGAAGAGCGAAGGGAGCCGGGGAAAGGCGGGUGGCGGCGGGACAGCGAAAAAAGCCGGUGCGGAGUGUGAGGCGGUUGCGAGUCCGGCGGCGGCCGAGAAGGGCAGCUCGCCGGCGGCCCGUCUGGGAGCUGUGCUGAGCCUCCUCUUUGCCCUGCCCUGCCCGCGCAACUGCGCGCCUGCGGACACAGCGCUGGGCAGAGCGUUUUCCCGUUCCCUGCCGGGGUCUCCCCCCACCACACCCGCAUCCUCCAGGGCGUGCGCGGAGUUGGUGGCGGGGAGGCGAGGAGAUGUACCCGCCGGGCUCCACCUGGAAUAUCUCCUUCGCCGGCUGCGGAUUCCUCGGGGUCUACCACAUCGGCGUUGCCAGUUGCCUUCAAGAGCAUGCCCCUUUCUUGGUGGCGAAUGCCAAAAAGAUUUAUGGCGCCUCGGCCGGAGCCCUGACGGCUACAGCCCUUGUUACUGGUGCCUGCCUAGGUGAUGCUGGAGCAAAUAUCAUUGAUGUCUCUAAAGAGGCCCGGAAGAGGUUUCUUGGCCCUUUGCACCCAUCCUUCAACCUGGUGAAAAUCAUCCGUGCCUGCCUAUACAAAACCUUGCCAGGCAACGCACAUGAGUUGGCAAGCGGACGUUUAGGCAUUUCAUUAACCCGGGUUUCGGAUGGAGAAAAUGUCAUAUUAUCUGAGUUCAACUCCAAAGAAGAGCUUGUCCAGGCAUGUGUUUGCAGCACUUUCAUCCCAGUAUAUUGUGGCCUGAUCCCUCCAAGUCUUCAAGGAGUGAGAUAUGUUGAUGGAGGGAUUUCUGACAACCUGCCUCGGUAUGAGCUGAAGAACACCAUCACCGUGUCCCCUUUCUCUGGGGAGAGCGAUAUUUGUCCACGAGAUAGUUCCACGAACAUUCAUGAACUCAGAGUCACCAAUACCAGCAUUCAGUUUAAUCUGCGCAAUUUAUAUCGCCUUUCAAAAGCCCUGUUUCCUCCAGAGCCGCAGGUUCUACAGGAGAUGUGCAAGCAGGGGUACAAGGAUGCUCUUCACUUUCUGAAGAAGAAUGCUCUCCUCCAGAGCCAAAGACCCCCCCUCCCUCUGCUAGCCAUUAGCAGCAGGGCUGAGGAAAGGGGCUCUGAGAAAGAAAAGGACGAGGAUGAUCAGCUGGGAGAGAGUGCUGAACUGGCAGAGGCUGAGGAACACAUCCUUGAACACUUGCCUCCUAAACUGAACCAAGCGCUCUUGGAAGCCUGCACCGAGAGGAGGGGAUUAUUCACUUGCAUUGCCAACCUUCUGCCUGUGCGUCUGGCCUCUACUUUGAUGCUCCCGUAUACUCUCCCUCUAGAGUCUGCUCUCUCCUUUACAGUCAGGCUGCUUGAAUGGCUGCCAGAUGUUCCAGAGGACAUUAGGUGGAUGAAAGAACAGACACAGAAAGUCUGUCAUUAUUUCAUGAGAAAAGCCAAGAAGAAGCUAGGAAGCCAUCUCUCAGCCAGGCUGUACUACCAUCUUGAACUCCGAAAAACACAGAGUUUGCCUGUCCCUUUGUGCACUGCCUAUGGGGAAGCACUGCCAAUGUGGCUAAGGAGCAGCCUCUCACUGGCGGACGUUAUGACAAAAUGGGAAGAAUACCAGCGCCAGCUGAUGCUAGGGCUGUUCUGCAUCAACGUGGACCUGCAGGCCUCCAUCUUCCCAUCGGAAGGGCUGCAGAUGAGACAUCCACCAGCAAGCUGCAUGCAAGAGAGCCUUCAGCUCUUUUAACACAAUCAGAAUUUGGUUGGGGGAAAGAGGGUGGGCAGUGACUGCAUUUCAACAGUGUCCUAAUGGAACUCUUUAACAAUCAUAGAGGGAUUUCCCCCUGCCCCACCAUUCAGACAGGGUACUGAUAACAAAAUAGGCCAUUGAGCCACCACUAAGCAGGUGACUUGCACAGUGUUAAUACCCACCAAAAUGUGUUGGGUAUUGCAUACUCUCUGGGAGAUAGUGGUAUAUAAAUAACUUGGCAACUGCAAUAGAAGUGGUUGAUGUUUGGGCUGAACUGAAAAGAAUUUCAUUCAGGGUACCGCUUGGAGGUGAAAUCUUGAACUGUCUGUAAUAAGAAGAUUGGAACAUCAUCAGGACUCUAGUUUUUCUUUGUUUUUAACCCCCUUUUGCUUUAAAUCAAUAUUGUAACAUGUUUUUGUUCUUAAAGACUUGAGUCCCCUGGGAUCAUCCUCUGUGUUAUGAUGCAGUAAAAGAAAAGCCAACAAGAGCUACCAAAUCAGCUCUUAAACCAAAUGCAGUCCUAAAUUUUCAGCUCUCGGUAGAAACACCUUAUAAUUCCUGUCUCAUGUUUACAUGGAAAUUUGGGGGGAUGUCUCCAUAUCGUAUGUAAGGAAUGCAGAACUAUAAAACUAACCUUUACACUACUUGAUUUCAUUGGCCUACCACCUUCUAAGACCUUCUGUUCUGGAGAGAAGAUAAAAAUUUAGAAGUUCUGAAAUGUGUAUUUCUUAAGCCCCAUCUCAUUUGGAUGCACUGCUUUCCGACCCCUUCCCAGUAAUGUUUGUUAUCUGAAGUCUGGUAUAAUUGCAGAAGGAUGUCAAGAAGGAUAGCUGGAAGCAAUAGCUAAGUCAGAGCAAUGUAUGUUUUAAAACGGUUUGUGACUAAUGGGUUAGUUGGCCAUUUGAGAAAGAAGAAAAGGGCUUUUGAUUCCAGUUGCAAAGGAAUAUGAAGCUCUUAAAAUCCAGAAGCCAAAAUCUACUCUGAUCUAAAUGACUUUAAGUUGGUUUGUGGGAUCCACAUCUACUUGUGUCAGUGGUGAAUGUGGCCCCUUUGGGAAGUUGUUGACUGCUCAAUGGGAUUGCAGAAGUUAAUUGCUCUGCAGUGGGAUGGAAAUAAACAGGGUCUAAGUCAAAGGCCCCAAAGAAGGUAAUAGUAUGGCAGGUAUAGAAGGUUAUAGUAUUGCAUAAAUAGGAGGAACAAGGUUGGCUUGUAAGUCAGCUGAACAAAAUUGAAUGUAUAUCCUUACUUCAAUCUUCAUCAGGUUAAACCAGUGGAUCUGGUUCCUUCAAUUGCUGUGAAAAAAAAAAUCAAGUUGGUAGGUUAACACAGAAGCAUUUUGCCCCUCAUACAUAGCUCCAGAAGGAUAUUCAGUAUAUAUUAUCCAUUUCUUUCAUCAGCCUGCUUUACAGCAGUUGCCCAUUGCAAUAUAUGCACAAGAUGAAGCACUCUGGUUAAUGCAUGACCCCCUUUCCCAUAGCCCCUUGCCAACUGUCUUGUGUCUAUUGUUAGUUAUCACCAGCACAAAACGUGAUCUCAUGUUUCACUGCAGUUGCCUUCUUCCUGCUACCAUAUAGCAUGGCAAACAUGCAUUAUGAUGGCAGAGAGCAGGAGCUGCAUUCAUAUAGCAAUAUUGGCACAUUUCUAGUCACUGCGUGUGAGACUACAUGUAGAGUGCCUGAUAUGAUUUCUUACUCUACAGCAGCCUUUCUCAACCUUUUGACCCUGGAGGAACCCUUGAAAUAUUUUUCAGGCCUUGGGGAAGCCCAGCACAUUCAAGCUCAAAUAUAGGCCAGAAGUUACAAAAUUAUUAUAUUGGUUUCAUGGGAAGGCCUGUAUAUAUGCAUUAACAGUGUUCUUAAACUGAAAAUAAAGGAUGAAACUUACAGUACCUCUUUAAUAUGAAGUUGCCCAAAUUUGGAAUAAUUUUUUAAAUAAAUCAUGAUCUCCCAGGGAACCCCUAGUGACCUCUCAUGGAACCCUAGAGUUCCACGGACCCCUGGUUGAGAAACCCUGCUCUACAGACUGAAGUGUUUGAUGCUGCAGGAACAAACAUUUGGGUGCAUUUGGUUUGGAGAAAAAAAAAGAUUGCUUUUCUUUGCACUUUAACCACAUUUCUGUUUCUCUCCUAGUACAAUACAAUCUGUUGAAUGCCAAAGAUAACACGAUGGAUGGAGGGAGAGGGAGAGAUAAAGAUUGCUUAGAAAUAAGUUAAUAGUAAUAGAAUUUUAAAAGACAUCAGAGAAUAAAAAAGACAGGUAAAUCUGACAGAAAUGUUUUUAUUAUACAGCGUAUUUGUACUCUUAGUAGACUGCAACAGACUUGUGUUUAUGUGUUAUGAGCAAUAUGUGGCUAUAUAUUAACAAAGCCCAUGAGAUACACAUGCUUUAACUUUUUUUUUCCUUGGAAAAGGAGUGUUAUUAAAAAUGGCUGAAACCAGAAUAGUAGCAUUGCUCCUGGAAAAGCAACCUGGGAGCAAAAUACCAAGGGGUUGAAUGGCCAAUAACAGCACUUCUAACAAUGCCUUCACCUGUAGAAUUUCUGGUGCAAAUGUUAAAAAUCUUUUGGGAAUGAAAUGAUUUUAUGAAAAUGGGCUCAUUGCCAGAAAAAAAAGUCCUUUGCUGUCUACUCACUUGGCGGAAGAGCCUGCUUUUUAUCUCUGCACCAGUCUUUCCUUUUACACAUCACUGGGUUCGUUCUGAGGAAUGAACCCUUUGCAACCAGGCAGGAUGGGAGUGGUGACUGUUUGGCACUGGAUAUAGUACUUUUCUUUACAUAAACACUUAGGGUGGCAAAAAUGCACUGCUCGCUCUACAGACAUUUCCUUUAAUAUGUGAGUGGUUGUAGCAAAUCACAAAGGAUUCAAAGCACUUCCACAGAAUCCAGUUCCUGGUCUCUCAGAUCCCUCUGAAUUUUGAUAAUUUCUUCCACGUUACUUUGUUUGGAUGAGUAAGCACAGCAGCCACCAACUCUUAGAGGAAAAGAGGGGUCUUGUUCCUCUUCACUAACUUUAAAAUAAAGAGCCUGAGCCAAAGGCAGAGGUUUUCCUUGGAGGAAGAAUGCUGUUACAAUCGCUUUGGACUGAGCUAUCCCAUACAAAGACUCAUGCUGCCUACUCUCCUAUAGUUUGCAAGAGGUAUGUAAAAUAAAUGAAGAUGGGAGAUAUGCAAAAUGUAACCAUUUCCUCAGUGCUUCUCGAUCCCUCAUCUAGCAGGCAAUAUCUCUAAGAGAAAAGCUGUGAGCAAAAGACCCCUUGUAAAACUCUGUUGGGGAGCAAGGAAGUAUCUUAACCCAAAUGAGUUCCAUAUAUAUCACAUCACCUCAGCUGUCCCACAUAAAAAACAACAGUACCUAGAUAUUUCCUUUUGUGAAGCAGACAGUUGUCUGCUUAAUCUGCAAAAUAACUUCUGUUAGAGGAAAAUGUUCUUGUAUUAUGAAAUAGCUAGAAAAGCAUGACUUUGCUUUUGGUAUACCAAGCUCUAACAGGCACCAGAGUGGUUUUUUCCCUUUACAACUGUAAUGUAAAUGUCACUUGUUGUCUCUAAGAUGAAAAUGUGCUGGUGUUUGGAUGUCUGUAACCACUAAGUUAUUCAACACUGUACUCUAUUUUGAAAUGUAUUGCACAAUCAUAUAGACCUUUUUUUUUUAAAAAAAAAUUGUAAGUUGCUACUGCUGCUUCAAAUGCAGUUAUCGUAAUGCUAGGAUUCCAUUUGUUGCUAAUACACUGUAUUGUAAUUUAGAGAGCCCUCUUCUUAGCUAUCUAUCUUACCAGGUUGAAAAUAGUCAGAAUUUUAAAAGUAGUUGGUUUUCUAAAAACAUCAAACUAUCUGAUUUUAAUUUUAUAUGUAUAUGUUAAAAGUGUAAAUUCAAAUGUUAGUGCCAAAAACUAGUAUUGCAAUAUGUACUGGAAUUUCAUAGCAGACACACAGAUGAACUGCUUUUCUUUUAAAAUCCAGAACUUAAAAUUGGUUCAUAGGCAGUGUUCCAAACUGAUUCAGCUUUAGUCUUAAUAAAACAAAUAGAAGCUAGAACCAACAAACCAACCAAGGUUGAAGGCAACCAGCCCACCUCCAGUUUAAAAAAGGAAUUUGGUGUGUCAGAUUUGAAACUCUUUUGAACAAAAACUGAUAACUUAGGUCACCUUGUUUAAUUUGGCAGAUAGAUAUUUGCUUAAGAUGAAAAGCAGCAUCUGAUUACAUCAGAGGCUGAUGGAAAAGAAGCUUGACUUGAUAAGUUGCAUGACUGCUAGUGCGGCAGCUUGUUCAAGAUUCCACAGUGCCUUCUUUUAGAAUGCCAAGCAAUUCACAACUUGCUGCUGCUGUUGUCUGUAUGGCACUCAUUCCUCUGCUAUUCACGUUCUGUCUAGCCUUCUCGAAUUCUGUGAUAGCUUUUAAGUUGUUGACAUCACUAAGGCUGAACUGAUCACUGUGAGAAGCAACUGAUUUACCUUGCUCUUUCUGUAAGCCAUAGGAAAUCCAACAUGCCAAAUAAAAAAUGAGAAUCUCUUUGCAAAAAAUGCAUUCUGU